AUGCUGGACCUCAAUUCUAAAUCCCCCAAAAUUAGCCUAAAGCACGAGACUUGGGAUGCAUUGACCGGCAAAGAUCUCAUUUCCGUUCACCUCAAUUACUAUUCUUCCUUUAUCUUCUCCAAAUUCAUCGAAUCUCUCAACCUCGCCUCCUGUGCUACUCCCUCUGGCAUCAGCUGUUCAGAUGAUCUGGACGUGUUAGAUUUGGAUGAGGAACUGAUUAGGGCCCUCGAUCAUCACUCCAUCAUUACUUCACAAUUACCUGACGACCACAUUCAAACAGCGGACGAGAUAAUUGAGGAAAUUGAUCGGCUGAUGGUUGGUGAGUCGGUGGAGUCCGAUCUGGAGCUCUGCGAUCCCCAGGCGAAUCCUGAGUUUCGUGCCACUUAUGUCUGGAAACCAGUGUCAGUGCUGGAGCAGAUGUCUAUCGCUCAACUGAACGCCCUGGUUGAUGAAUUAGACGUCUGCGUUCGUCACUACUCGGCGUGUCUUGUACAGGAGUUGGCUUUUCGUGAAGAAAUGGAGUACGAGCAGGAGGUGAAGGACAUCUUUUUCACGCGUCUUCACGAGGUACAGAAUCGUAUGGACGAGUGGGCUAAUUGCAAUGCUGCAGUGGUGCAGGGGAAUGGUAGUGACGAUAUGGGCCAUGAAGAUGUAGACUACAACAACUCCGACGAUGAUGAGAGUAGGGUAGAAGAAAGGAGACGUGGGAUGUUUGGAGGUGCCAGUUCAGCCGCAGUGGCAAAAGUGAUCCUUGCCAACGCCGCAUUCGCAGUUCGUCGCCGAUGGCGUCGCAUGGGUCGCAGUCUGGAAAAGGCACGAUCAACAUGGCAUCAUCACGGCCGUCGACGCCGGCACCUUACCGACGAAAAUAGCGACAGUGAAGAUCGGUACCAUCGUCGCCUUCGUGGCUGCACUCAACCCAUUGAUUCACGCGACAUCUCCGUGGGGACGACGCGUGGUGGUGAAGGUGGCAAAAUGUGCGUUUCUAACUCUAACCUUGAGUUGGCUCCUGAUGGGUUGGCUGGAGCGGGAGACGAGGAUGAUGAGGAAGAGUGGUCGGUGCGCAGUGAGACGAACUCCACCGUUAAUACGCCCACCACCGGUGCUGUUACUAAUAGCGCCUCUUCUGUAGGACAUUCGCCUCGUCAUCAUCAGAUUUGGUUCACGUCUACUGCCUCUGCUGCUAGGGGGAAACGUAACCCUCAGGAGGACUUAAAGUUUCUGAGCACCAAGAUCCCCUACCACCGGUCAUCAAACUAUGGAGGAGCGUGCAACGGACCGACGGUGGGUCAUUUGGAGCUCUUCAACGAGUUCCUCUUCUGCAUGCUCACCAAUAAUCCAAAUCUCACGCCUCUACUCACUGACUAUAUCCUAAAUGGUACGUUUCCUUGA